UCAUGUGUGAAAUUUCAGGCGUCGGUGUCCCAAACUGCUCCGCCUCUUUACCUCAACGAGCUGCCCCCGAGACUCAACAUUCAACAGUGAACGUGUGAGAAGUGUUGACACCGCGAUGUUGAACACCAGCAGCAGCAGCAGCAGCAGCAGCAGCAGAGGUGGUUCAUCAUUCUCUGACACCCCGGCGCUGACCGAAGUGCUGACCUCUGACCCCGCAACUGCACUAGCUGUACCAGCCCUGGAGCAUCCCAGCAGCACUGUCCGAACCCAAAGCCUUCCGGAAACCAACAGCAUCAAAACACUGGACAUACGAAACCUGCUGCCCGUUGACUCUCCACCUCCCCUGACACCUCCUCUUCCUCCUCCACCUCCUCCCGCAACCAACAGCCCCGACCUCCCACUUCUGUCCCCUCCAGCCCUGCCUCCACCUCUACCCUCUAAAACUCCCUCUACUUCCAGCCCCCCUCCUCUCCCAACGCCGCCUCCCGCCGAGAGCCCCCAGCGUCCGACCACGCUCAACCUGAGGACGCUGCCACGGCCCACCGUCAAGGAGAACGGUGGGCCCCCGCCGGGGGAGGACGAGGAGGAGGAGGAGAGGAAGCUGCUGGAGGAGGAUCUGAAGAAAUGCAUUGAGGACUUUAAAAAGAUCCGCUUGCCCAGAAAGUUUCCGGAUCGCAAGAGGCACUGGCAGAGUGAUUUGCUCAAGAAGUACAACGCGUAGGGCGCUUUGCUGUGGCACCACGGCGACCAAACAAAGGCUUUUUAUAACCAUGGCGAGGACAUGAGGAGGUUGUGAACUCUGGACUCCAGCUUUAUACUGACGUUUGCUCUGACUGAAAACUUUGUGAGGAUUUUCAGCAAGUUUUCUUUAACCUCUCGUGUUCUAGCUUUUGCAUGUCAACAGGAGUAAACUGCUUGAUUAAGUGUAGCGUUUUAGGCUGAGCUUGUCUAGGAAUCACACAUACGCAAUGAAGAAAUGUUACUUUUCCAUCGUAGAGAAAAAAGGAAAGAUCCCCAUAGGGAAACGUUUUAGUCACACUUCUUUUCCCACCAAACUAUCUGGAGACACCACAAAACGCUUUCUUAUCAUUAGAGAUUCAUGCCCUGCUCUCUGUACCGUGUCCACUGAUCAAACAACUGCAAAAUGUAAGCUAAGUGUGAAUUAUUUGACCAUGCUGAUGCAAAAAUAAA